UGCUGCUUUAUAUGUCAGCAGCAGCCCAUUCAGAUCAUUGCAUCUACAGCAUCUAGAAGACGCUGUAUGUUUCAAAAAACAUGCAGAUCUUAGAUUUUUUCCAAUCUUAUUCUUCGGUUUCCCUGGUGGGAAUUCUGGCCGUCUUGGUCCUUUAUUUCAUUUCUCAAUUCAUCUUUAAUUCGGAGCAGCAUGGACAGGAGCCACCCGGACCUAGACCACUUCCUAUUAUUGGCAAUUUGAUGCAGAUUGACCUGAAAAGACCUUAUAAAACUUUGGAGGAGUUCUCCAAGACAUAUGGACCUGUGUUCACCGUGUUCUUUGGAGGCGAAAAAGUUGUUGUCCUGGCAGGCUACAAGACAGUAAAAAAUGCACUUGUUAACCAUGACGAAGAGUUUGGAGAAAGAGCGAUACCUCCAAUAAUCCAAGAACUAAACAAAGGACUUGGGGUUUUAUGGUCAAACGGGGACAUCUGGAGAGACAUCCGGCGUUUUGCUUUGACCAACCUGCGAGACUUUGGCAUGGGCAAAAAAGCAUGUGAAGAUAAAAUUACAGAGGAGUGUCAGUAUCUUUUAGAAGUUUUUAAGAAAUUCAAAGGAAAUGCUUUUGACACAACUAAGCCACUGAACUAUGCAGUUUCCAACAUUAUUUGCUCAAUGGUGUACGGCAGCAGGUUUGAAUAUGAUGAUCCAAAGUUCACAUCGAUGGUGGAUCGUACAAACCGAAACAUUCAACUCAGUGGCUCUCCCACUCUCCAGGCUUACAACAUGGUGCCGUGGCUCUUCAAGUGGGUUGCAAGCCGGAGGGAAGUCCAUGAGUGUGCGGCCGCCAACAGGAAACAGAACCAGAGCAUUUUCAGUCAUUUGAAAGAAACCCUGAACCCUCAGAUGUGCAGAGGCUUUGUGGAUGCGUUUUUAGUCAAAGGGCAAACCCUUGAGAAAUCUGGGGUCACCAACAGCGCCUUCAAUGAUGAAAACCUUUUGAUGACAGUCAUCCAUUUGUUUGCUGCUGGUACUGAAACAACGUCAACAACACUGAGGUGGGGUCUUCUGCUAAUGGCUAAGUACCCAAAAAUACAAGACCAGGUGCAGGACGAGUUGAGAAGGGUCAUUGGGGAUCGUAUGGUUCAGGUUUCUGAUAGGAAGAACCUGCCUUUUACUGACGCCGUCAUUCACGAGAUCCAGAGAUUGGCCAGCAUCGUCCCCACAGCUCUACCUCAUAAAACCUCCAAGGACGUCACUUUUCAAGGCUACUUCAUUAAGAAGGGAACAACUGUGUUCCCACUCCUAACGUCUGUCCUGCAUGAUGCCAAUGAAUGGGAAAAGCCACACACCUUUUAUCCCGCUCACUUCCUGGACAAAGAUGGAAAAUUUGUGAAGCGGGAGGCCUUCAUUCCAUUUUCUGCAGGUCGCAGGAUUUGUCUUGGAGAAAGUCUGGCCAGGAUGGAGCUCUUCAUGUUCUUCACCACCCUCCUGCAAAAUUUCUGUUUCACUCCGCCACCUGGAGUUUCAAAAGAGGAAUUGUCUCUGACUCCAUGUGGAGGCAUAACUGUUGGCCCUGUGCCUCAUAAACUGUGUGCUGUUCCCUGCUCAGAAUAGGAUGCAUGGCAAUUGCAAAAUCCCUUUUUAUGGUCUAAAUAAAAAAAUGUCACUGUAAAAAAAGCUUUUACAUAUACAGUUGUCCCUUGCUACGACUUCAUCUUUCGUCAUCUGCAAACAUUUUUUAAAUUAACGAUAAGUACUUUGUGGAUUUUGUCUAUUACAUGUUACUUUUAGAACACAACUCCUGCAAUAAAUGAGGGACAACUGUAAAAUCUUACAAAAAAAGAAUUUUAAGCCCAAAUCAUCACACUAUUACCAACAUGUUUGACUGUUGGUUUGCAGUAAUUGUACACAAAUUUAUUUUUUCGGACCUGUAGCUAUUUUCAUCUUUUCCAUGAAUUACUUUGGACCCUACUGUACUAAGUCUCCUUAUUCAUGAAUGACGGCUCUCAUUGUGUUUCUCUGGAGUCCAGAAGCCACUGAAAUUGACUAAUGAACUUUUUUGGAUGGCAGUACUGUUGAUUUUAAGAACUUCCAUUGAGGUCUAUAUGUUCAGACAGCUUCUAAAGAAGUGUCUCCUUUUUUCAUUUGACCGGCAGUUAUCAGGCCUGAAUGUAAAAAACAAAAAAAACAAAAUGAAAACUGUGUUUAGCAUCUCUAACAGUCUAAUUAAUGGCUGGUCAUUAGAUUUGUCACUGCUGGAUUUUACAUAUGGUCACUGUGCAAACAUAUACUAUGUAAAUCUUCAUUCUAUAUGUUCUAUGUUUAAUGUUAAAAUGGUUCAACGGUCAGAACAAUUUAUGUAUAGCAAAUAUUUUAACACAAUAUUAUCAAUAGUGACAUUUGAAGAAUCGUGAGUGUGAAAUUUCAAUGUCUGUUUAUUACAUUUAUCAUAAAAGAGACUAAAGUAAAUUGUUUUGCAAACACA